AUGACGGAAGAUUUAGAAUCGCUCAAACGUCAGCGGACGACGCUUAAGGGACGCGCGACUAAGUUUAAAAAUUUUCUCGAAGCAAACGUGGACAGCAACGAGAAUAGAUUAGUAUUAGAAUCACGACUAGAGAAAUACAACGAUUUGUGGCACGAGUACCAGGUGUUACAAAAUAAGAUAGACGCUAAAUUUCCAGAAGCGGAUAUCGCGGAGCGAGAAAGAUUUGAAGACGCGUUCUUUAUUAUACAGGCGACCGCACAAUCUAAGCUAGGACAUACCACCAUCACAAACGCGCAGACUAAUAUACAAGUUGAAAACAUAACCGCACCAACUCAGAUGCCAGUACGGUUACCGGUAAUUUCACUGCCGACCUUUAGCGGAAAUUAUGAACAAUGGCAACAAUUUCACGAUAUCUUUAAAGCGCUAGUUCACGAUAACGCUCGAUUAGACUCCGUCCAGAAAUUUCAUUACUUACAGUCUGCGUUGUCGGGUUCAGAGGCACAGGUAAUUCAUUCAUUACAAACGACUAAUGAGAAUUAUCCAACCGCGCUGGAAUUGUUAACCAAAAGAUUUCAAAACGUACGAUUGACUAUACACCAUCACGUUCACGAAUUAUUUAAUACGCCUUUUAUUCUUAAGGAAUCGGCAGAGUCAUUACGAGUACUUACGGAUAACUUCCAAAAACACUUACGAGUAUUACAACAAUUAAAAGAAUCCGUAGACAAGUGGGACACGCUUAUCAUUUAUUUAAUUACUAGUAAAUUAGAUUCAGUAACAAAGAAAGAAUGGGAGUUAAAAGUAAUACAGGAAAAGGCGUCUACUACUAAGCAACUAGUCAAAUUUCUUAACACGCAAUGCGAAUUCCUCAAGGCUCUCCAGUCGGUGCAUACAAAGACCACGCCAGCAAAGGUAGUAGUACAAAAAACGACUCAAAAUAACGCUAGUAAAGGUCAAGGUACGAUCCUUGCAUAUAUAGCCACGAAUGAAGCAGAUGUAUGUGUUUUUUGUAAGCAGGCACAUAAAAUAUACACUUGUAAAAUUUUCAAGGAACUAUCCAUUGAAUCACAACGUAAUGAAACUAAACGCUUAAACCACUGUUACAACUGUUUAGGCUCCAAUCACACAACACAAAAAUGUACAUCUCGUAUAUGCAGACACUGCUCGAAAAAACAUCACACGUUGCUUCAUAUGCAUGAUAAAACCAACGCGUCAGAUCAAACGGUGAACUCACCUAACAAUACAUUCCGAAAGUACAGGGGAUAA